AUUAUCUUUAUGGUCAGUGGUGAUGACUGUUUGACCUGGCUGGUUACAGAGAAGACCUAUGGAGUGGAACAGGUUUUUUUUAGUUUUCGGAAAUUUUCCGGUUUUCAAAGAAAUUCAAUAUAAAAUGGUCGUACUUGCGAAAUCUCUCCUCCUAAGCGCCCUAAUGGUAACAGCAGCCCUCGCUUCAUAUUGCGAUAAGAAUCUUAUUAGGGAAAUGAGCUUUAAAUUACGCGGAAACCAACUAACCUUUCCAUGUGAAUCUACCAGAAACAUUUACACCACAUCGGGCAGGUACAUUCCCAAAAACCUAAUAGCAACCAGGUUUCAAUUCUACAAGAAUAUCGCAUUUGUUGCUCUACCGAGAUACCGCCCUGGAGUUCCGUUUACUGUGGCAAUACUUAAUUUAAAAGAAAAUGCACCUAACCCUCAUCUGGAACCAUUCCCAUCCUGGAGUUUUCAGGAGGAGGGAAAUUGCGAAUCCAUCCAGAAUGCUAUAGAUUUAGUUCUAGAUGCCUUUGGUAAUAUCUGGAUUUUGGAUUUGGGUAUUUGUAACACUCUGCAGCAGCCCGUUAGACGUUGUGAACCUAAAAUUUGGGGUUUUAACAUAAAAAGUGGGGAAUUAAUGAAAAGCAUUAGUGUAGCUCCUUACCUAACUGAUGAGAGCCGACUACAGUACUUGACCAUCGACUACUCUAACACUGGAGUACCUUUUGCCUUUAUCGCUGACGCUGGUACUGGAUCUAUCGUGGUGGUUAAUAUCAGUAAUAGCUCUGGAUACUGUUUCGUACUUCCACCAACAGUUUUCACCACAACUAAGGACAUCUUGUACAUACAGUUAGCAAGAAAACCCUUAGGAAAUGUACUUUAUUUUACCUUCCUUUCAUCUCCCAAAAUGUUUUCUAUUAAAUCUAAACACAUUAUGACAGGACAGUCUAUCGAAGCUAUUGAGGAUAUCGGUUUAAAAGCUGAUAAUGCCAAAAUGAUUCUUUUAGGUACUGAUAAUGGAUUAGGCAUCUUUUUUAGAUAUAAAGGUGAAUCAGAUAUAUAUAUUUGGAAUUCUGAUAGCAGCUUUAAUCGAGAAAACUUUAAGUUAGUACAAAAAGGGGGCGACUGUAGGAUGGCUACUCAAGUGACACCUGGAUGGAAGCAGUUGAUGUGGGUCAUAGAGAGUAACUUUCAUGAUUAUAUUAAUGAUUGCACUGGAAGCCUUGGCCCCAGCAUGGUUAUUUACCCUCUGGUCAAGACCAGUUAUUAAAUGGACUUGUUAGAUACAUACAUUUGUUCAUAAAUAUUUAUAUAAUUAAUAACAUGUUAACUUAAUUAUUUGUUAAAUAAAGUCGAAUUUUUGUAUUAAA